AUGCUUUCAUCACUGUGGACUUUCUCAUUGCUUGCAUCAUCAGUCUUGGUCUUCGCCUGUGAUCAAACAGACGAGGUUCAGCGACGGCUUUGCGUUCUUGAGAACGAGGUCCGAGUGCUUGGAAACGCCAUGCAAGAGGUGCUCACCCGAACAGACAUCACUCUUGAGGAGCCAAAGUCAGAAUCGAUUGAGAAGAGAAAGAACGAGUUCAUUCGAUUCGGAAAGCGAUCAGCUGAGCCAGAAGACAUGGAGAUGGAGAAAAGAAAAAAUGAAUUUAUUCGCUUUGGAAAGAGAAAGAACGAGUUCAUUCGUUUUGGAAAGAGGAAGAAUGAGUUCAUUCGUUUCGGCCGCUCUGCCCCUGAGAUGAUGGACGAUGGAAACAUGGAGAAGCGCAAGAACGAGUUCAUCCGUUUCGGU